CUCCUCCUCGCCCGCCAACCCGCCGGCUCGGCAUCCCGCUCCAGCUGCACCGUGGAUUUAGAGAUGGAGCCGCGUUUGGUGGCGAGGAGGACCUGACCUACUCGGGAGAGUUUGCGGAAGGAAUCCCAGGGCUGGUUUGGGAAGUUUCAGCUUCGGCAGCGUUGUUCUGUGUUUACAUGCGAGGACACGGGUCCGUGGUGGGGACACAAACAGUGUCCUCGCGUGUGCCGGGGAUGUUUUUUUGAGUGUGGAUUUGGGAAAGAAGGCUGGCUCGGGAGCCUCCAGCACUGCCGUUGAUCACCUCCCCGCUCUUGCUUUCCCUCUGGAGUCACGUUAAACUGGGCAGCCCGCUCCAGGAGCCUGGCUUUGCCAAAGGAAUUCUGCCGGCGUAGUGAUGGAGUGAGGCUGGCCCCACGCUCCUCCGUGGCUCCUCCGUGACGCUGAGCCGGAGCACAACCAGUUCUCCCCGUCAUUCCCCCGCCGCUGGAUGGUGCCUUGGAUACUGCAGAGCCUUUCUCUAGUUAAACACACCUUUUCUUGGAAUUCUUUUUUUUGCCUCUAUUAGCCAAGAAAAACUUUGCAACUUUCCUUCGCUGUCGGAGAGGAGCCGCUGCCGCUGCUGGGUUUCAUUUUGUUUUUUUAAUUCGAGGUCACGUGCGCGUUGACAGUGCCUUUGAAUCCAAGCGAUGGUCUCGUCUCCAGCUUAGGAAGAGCUUUUGAGCUCUUCCCUCUGUUGUUUUCUCUCUGUUCAGGAACAAAGAGAUUUUUCUGCCUUUAAUUAAAAGGAAUAUUAAAUCCCCGCUCCUUUGUUGAGCGACUUGAAGACACUCUGCAAACAUCCGUCUGCUUGGCACCGCGGCGGGGUGAGCUCUGCUAUGGUACAGGGCACGGAGAUACGGGGGAACCAUCCCGAAAUCCCACAGCAAGCACAGAGCAGCAGCCAGGGAGGAUGCUGACAGCCACAGUCCUCGGAUAACGAGGAGACGCGGCCGCCACCAUGCCUGACUCGCCGGCCGAUGUGAAGACACAGUCCAGGUCCACGCCACCCGCCAUGCCCCCGCCGCCGCCCGCCGUCACCCAGGGAGCCACGCGCCACCCCUCCUUCACACCAAACACCAAUCGAGACGCUGGCCCUCCGACGUUUCUGCCUCGCGGCCGUUUUCAUGGUUGCUUGAAAUGGUCGAUGGUCUGUCUUUUGAUGAAUGGGAGCAGCCACUCACCGACUGCCAUCAAUGGGGCUCCGUCCACCCCCAACGGGUUCAGCAACGGUCCGGCCACCUCCUCCAGCGCCUCCCUCUCCACCCACCAGCUCCCGCCGGCCUGUGGCGCCCGGCAGCUCUCCAAGCUCAAGCGCUUCCUCACCACACUCCAGCAGUUUGGGAACGACAUCUCCCCUGAGAUCGGGGAGCGGGUGCGCACCCUCGUCCUAGGGCUCGUGAACUCCACCCUCACCAUCGAGGAGUUUCAUGCCAAGCUCCAAGAGGCCACCAACUUCCCGCUGCGACCCUUCGUCAUCCCCUUCCUCAAGGCCAACCUGCCGCUGCUGCAGCGGGAGCUGCUGCACUGUGCCCGCAUGGCCAAGCAGACCCCGGCCCAGUACCUGGCCCAGCAUGAGCAGCUGCUGCUGGACGCCAACGCCUCCUCUCCCAUCGACUCCUCCGAGCUGCUCCUGGAGGUGGGCGAGAGCGGCAAGAGGAGGACGCCAGACAGGACCAAAGAGAACGGUUUGGACCGAGACCCCCUGCACCCCGAGCACCUCAGCAAGCGGCCGUGCACCAUGAGCCCGGCGCAGCGCUACAGCCCCAGCAACGGGCUGAGCCACCCCCCAAACGGGCUGGGGCACCCCCCUGCUGGCCCCCCCCUGCCCCAGCACUACCGCUUGGAGGACAUGGCUAUGGCACACCACUACCGCGACGCCUACCGGCACCCUGACCCCCGGGAGCUCCGUGAGCGCCAGCGGCCCACCGCCAUGCACGGGACGCGGCAGGAGGAGGUAAUCGACCACCGGCUCACUGACCGGGAGUGGGCAGAGGAGUGGAAACACCUCAACAACCUGCUGAACUGCAUCAUGGACAUGGUGGAGAAGACACGGCGGUCACUGACGGUGCUGCGGCGGUGCCAGGAGGCCGAUCGUGAGGAGCUCAACCACUGGAUCCGGCGCUACAGCGACGCUGAGGACAUGAAGAAAGGCAGCCCCCCCUCUGCACGCCCCCACAACAGCUCCUCCAGCCCCGAGGCACCCCAGUUAGACGCUCACCGGGAAUUCACACCACGGCCCCUCUCCGGGUACAUGCCAGAGGAGAUCUGGAGGAAGGCUGAAGAAGCUGUGAAUGAGGUGAAGCGCCAGGCCAUGUCCGAGCUGCAGAAGGCCGUGUCGGAUGCCGAGCGCAAAGCCCACGAGCUGAUCACGACAGAGCGGGCCAAGAUGGAGCGUGCCCUGGCCGAGGCCAAGCGCCAGGCGUCCGAGGAUGCCCUGACGGUCAUCAACCAGCAGGAGGACUCGAGCGAGAGCUGCUGGAACUGCGGGCGCAAAGCGAGUGAGACCUGCAGCGGCUGCAACACGGCCCGGUACUGCGGCUCCUUCUGCCAGCACAAGGAUUGGGAGAAGCACCACCACGUCUGUGGGCAGACUCUGCAGGGGCUGCCGGGCCCCACCACCCCCUCCGCGGGCGUGGGGCUGCCCCCCGGGCCAGGCCAGUCCGACGGGGUGCCCACCAUGGCCAGCAGCCCCAGCGAGGCAGGGUCGGUGGCUGCUUCCCGCGCCGGCACUCCGGCCACCCCGGCCCCGCUGGACAGCGCGUCCCGCUGAGCCCCCUGGACUGCCCCGCUCCCGCUGCUCUGCAAGAGCCACGGACUGCACUCAGUGCGAUUUCCUCAGCUACCUGACUCGUGUGACCUCCGAAACGACCUCUCUAGCUCUCACAAAUAAUCCUCACGGAUCCUCAAACUGGGCUUUAAGUGGAGUUAAGGCAAAUACCGGUCUCUGUUCUCUCUUCAGUCUUUGUUUCAGCUUUUUUUGGUUGGUUUUCUCUUGGUUGGGGGAUUGUGGUUUGGGAUUUUAGGGGUUUUUUUGGUUUUUUUUUUUCCUUUUUUGCUUUCUGGAUGAGGGAUUUGGCUCCAGACUCACCAGGCAGUGGCUGGGAGAGACAAGCCCGCUCACAUCCCGCAUCAGCACUGCCAAGCAGCUCGCUUGGAGGAGGAAAGAACCUUCCUUUCUUCGUCUCUCUUCCUUUUUUUUUUCUUUUUACCUUUUUUUUUUGUAAAAAAAAAUAAAGAAAAUAAAAAAGAAAACGUCAAACUCUUUGGCUUUAAGUAAGAAAUUGUAAAAAAGGAAAAAAAUGAAAAAAAAAAAGGAAAAUCCAAAAACCAGACGACGCGUGACGGACGCUCACCUGUAACUACCUUGCUAGCUAGCCAAGAACAGACCAGACUCACCUCUGCUCCAAAGGAAAUCCAAAACCAAGGAAGAUCCAAACGUCUCUCCACUGCCAAAGUUCGUUUCAUUCUGUUGUCGUUUCCUUCCCCUCCCCGCAAGGAUGGAUGGACAUGCCCCCGGGGGCUUUAAAGAGUUUCUAUUAAAAUAAAGCAAAAAAAAAAAAAAAAAAAAGGUGUUUUUUAAAUAAAACCCCAGUCCUCGAGGUGUGGGAGGGGGACAUGGGGCUGAGAACCGCCCGGGUGGGCACAGCCGGAGCUGGCACGUCUCUACCUCUGCCCGCCGCUGCCCUGGAAAAGGAGAAUAAAAAAUGAGAAUAAUUAAAGAAAAGAGAAUAAUAAAAAAAAAAGGAAUUAAAAAGAGAUUAAAAGACAGAUUUUGUUUUUCUCCCUCCCCGAAGCUGUCGGGGGCCACCCACAGCUGGACCCCCAUCCCUUUGCUGCCGGGCUGCUCCCACACCCCACGUUGGAUUUGUUUCACAAGGAUUUUUAAGAGGAAAAGGAAAAGGAAAAAAGGAAAAGGCAAAGGAACACUGCCUCCUUCCUGGCCGAGGAGGCAGCCAAGACAAUAUCGAUUAUUUUGGGAUUCUUGCCUCGCUGGAGCAGCGCAGAGGACAGGAGUGCAAUAUGGAAAGUCCGGCGGCUCCAAGCGGAGGCAGCGGUGCUGUGUGCUAAUGUGAAUGUAAAUAGUGUUUUGCAGAGGUCCAAAAAAUGAAUAAUAAUGAUGAUAGUGAUAAUAAUAAGAGACUUUUGCCAAAUAAAGGAUGAGGAGAAGGUGAGGGGGCUGUGGCACUGUCCGGAGCGAGCCGGAGGCCUGAAAUCAAGAGGAGCUGUAGUUUUUCUGCAUUUGCAAAACCCAUCCUAUGUGUUUUCUGUAGGGGAGGAAGAGGAGGGAAGGGCUGGGGCUGGGUUAGUUGUGUUGCCAGUCACCCUGGGCUGGGCCAGGCCACUGCAGAGCUUGGUGCAUGGGACACCCCAAGGUGAUGUCACCGGCCCCGUGCCACCAGCCUCGUGCCACCAGCACCGAGACCUCCUGGGGGUUUCUCUGCACCCCAAGACCUUGGUGCAUCCCCUGGGAGGGUUCUGUGUGCUCCAAGAACUUGGUGUGUCACCUUCAAUGAGUUCUGUGCACCUCAAGGUCUUGGUGCAUCCCCCUGGGAGGGUUCUAUGCACCACAAGAUCUUAGUGCAUCUCCCCAAAGGGCUUUUAUGUGCCCCAGGGUCUCACUCUAUCCCCCAGGGGAUUUCUGUGCACCCCAAGACCUUGGUGCAUCCCCCUAGUAGGGUUUUGUGAACCCCAAGGUCUUGGUGCAUCCCCCCCGGGAGAUUCUCUGCACACCAGGACCUUGGUGCAUCUCCCUAAGGGUUCUGUGCACCCCAAGGUCUUGGCACGCCCCCCUGGGGAGGCUUCUGUGCACCCUGAGACCUUGGUGCACCCCCUGGGUGGCUUCUGUGCACCCCAACACUGGGAGCUUUGCCAGUUGCCCCUCCAGUGACCACUUUAUUUAUGAUGUGACAUAUGUAAUAUUGUCUAUUUUUCUUACGUUUCCUGAGAAGAGGUAAUAUAUAAGAGUAUUGCAGAUGCCCCUGCUCACCUGGGUAUCCGUCCCAUCCCAUCCCUGCCCUCUCCCCCGCGUGUCUCCGCUGGGGCUCUGCCUCUCUACCUCCACCUCGCUGGGAAACCGCGGGUGAGAGCACUUCCACAGGGACUGCUCUCAUUUCCACUCCCUGCUGUUUUGCUCUUUUUUCAAUUAUUAUGAUUUUUUCUUUUUCUUUUUUUUUUUUUUUAAUAAGAAUAAAACUACCCUACAGAACCUUGCAUUGAAACCAAAAGCUGAGGGAGGGCGGGAGGGGAUGGCGGUGACGGGCGGUGCGGCGUCAGCAGGCAUCCAAACCAGAACGACAGCUUUAAAUGUGAUAUUUCCCAAAAAAUUUCGUCCUCCUGUGGGAGGACGAUGCGGCCACGGGGCCAGGGCAAUGCUGUGGUGGUGCUGGUCAGGGCAAUGGGUGCUUCCCUGGGGUUUUACUCCAAACUGGUGUUGUAGGGGUGUGCAGGGGCCCAAGGGAUGUGUGCUACAUGCUGUGCCCCAGCCGUGUCCUUUGGUGGCUUUGUGGCAUCUGGGAGGUGGCAGGUGGAUAAGCAGGGUGGGCUGGCACAGCGUGGCUGGGGCAAGGACACCCUGGUGGUUGUGGGGCAGUGUGGGGACACGAGGUGCCACAGUGGCUGGGCCAGACCAGGUCCCCAUGGCUGCCCACAGCUCUGGGGUUUCCUGCCCCCAUCCCGGCUGGUGUGGGGACAUGGGGACAGCAUGUCCCAGGUCUGUGUCCCCACAGGGAGGCAGAGCCCGGGUCACUGGGUGCUGGCCAUAGCACCAAGCUGGAUGAGGUGGCAGGAGAGAUGUGGCUCUCCGGUGCCAAGCGUGGCACUGGGGUCCCGUCUCCAGCCCCUUCCUCACAUUCCCAACUCGAAAUUCCAGCUGAAACCAAAGUGCCACAUCCCAGCAAGGCUGGACAUCCUGGAGUGGGGGUCCCACACCUGGGCUUUGCUCCAUCACUGUCAGAGCCCUUCAAACCCUCACCCAAGCAUCUCCUCCUCCUCCUCCUCUGGGGGCUGCUGUAAUCCCCUCCUUUUUCUUUGGGGUACCCCUCUGGAUCCCGGUGGGUUUGAUAUCAGGGACAAGAUGCCACCGUGUUCCCAGGCCCUAGGUACAGUGAUGAGGUGUCUCCACUGCCAUGGUAGCCCCGGGGGCUCCUCUGAUGCCACCAAAAGCCACAGCCUCGGAGGGAGCUGUGGUGCCCGCGUCCCCCCUCCCUCCUGGCUAUGGGCAGCACCCAUUCCCUGGUCCCGUGCGGGGCUGAGCCCUGCCCGUGUUACCCAGCCAGCCCUGGGGAUGGGGGCGCUGGGGCACAGGAGUCCCCGGAGGGCUGGAAACCAGAGCCAGGCGUGGGCUUUGGGGGCCAGCCCUGAGAGAUGACGUGGUAGGACUUUCCUUCGGCAUGCUGUCCCUCCCCUUGCUGUUCCCUGCUUUCUCUAAGUGUACUGUAUGUUUGACCUGUGAAAGAUGUAAACUUUAUGAUUCAGGUUAUGUCUGUUCUUAACUCUGUAUCUGUGUAAUAAAGACAAUUUAAUAUCUA